GGAAACGAGAGCGCGCCAGCAGCCGGCUUCCCCUGCACGAUCGGCUUCCCCGCAGCAAAAGAUCUGCGCGGUCCCACAACGGCAAGAUGUAGCCGCAGUCCCCCUUCACGAAGCAUCUUCCUCCUUCGGAUCGUCGCACACACACACAUAACCCCCCCUCUCCGGUAGCAUCACCGUGUAGCUUUCACCGCAUCAUGAAGGUGCGGCGAUCGGUCGGGCGCGGUCGGCGCCGGAACCAGACACCAGCGUGAUGUGGAACGAGACAAGCGACGGCAACGGGACGCUCCUGGGAGAGGCCUGGUGGAGGAACCGCGUGCAGGUUGCUUCUCCAGACUGGCCCGAGCUUCGUUCUCACGUGCAGUGGUUGUGGCCCGUGCAUGCGUAUGGACUGGCCUGCCUCUUUCUAGGCCUGGCCGUUACUACGUUCCUCACUGGCCUCGGCCUGCGCGCCCAGCUGUCCGCUCGUCCCCACCUGUCCUCCCUCAACGUCUUCCUCCUCCUACUGGGCCUCACACGAUGCCUGUGCCUCUUCCUAGACCCCUACGGCUCAAAGCAGCUCAUCCCUACCGUCAUGCUGGCCAUGUUGUGGGACCUGGGCUUCCCGUGUCUUCUGUCUGCAUUUUCACUUCUGCAGUUGGCCUUUCUGGAAACCACGCAAGCCGCGGUGUCCCCGAAGCGGUUGGCGGACGAGACAUGCAUAUCGCUGGUUGUCGUGCUACAUUUCUGUCUCACCAUCGCCUCCGAUAUCCUCUGGGCGCUACAGAACACGCUGCGCGUGGUGUGGCUGUUCAGUCAGCUGGCGUUCACAGCCUGGGGUCUAUUCCUGUGCACCAUGUGCGUGUUUUCCUGCAUGCGCCUCCAGCGCUCCAUCGCCGAACUGCCCAUGUUGUUCCUGCCCAGAACGGAAUCGACAGCCUGGUACGACAACAAAGGGAUCUUGCCUCUCAGCACGCUUCAAAGGUCAAGCAGUACAAAGAUCUGCUGCCCUGCGCCAGGAAGGGGCCGAACGUCCGGCAAUGGCGACGUAGGUCCACAAGACACCCUAGCACCACGUAUUAGGAUUACAGACGAAAACGACCAAACACAGAGCUACGAGAGCUCCCUUCCCAGCAUCGCAAACACAACUUCGCCCACGGAUCCGAGCCAGCUGAACAGGGAGAUCUCCACUACGGCAGUGGGAGUCCGGUCCCAGGGAUCUAUGCCACUCUCACCGUCGCAGCUCAGGGAAGACUCUUCUCAACGAAAGCCACUGAUGGCUCCGAACAAGGUGAGCUCAGAGUACGCCCUCGCGUCCAUAGCUGCCGGGGAGGCGCAAGGAACAACCGUCGCGAGGAGAGCCACACUGCCGCGGGCGUCUAUCGUCACCCACCAGUGGAGACGUGAAGGCCUUCUUGCUUCCAUCCUGACGAAUGGCAGCCGUCGGCAACAGCAGCAUCCGGCCGCUCUCUCAGAUUCCUUGAAGCCUUCCCGACGUAGUCGUGUGGAGAAGCUGCUGCGGCAGACAAUGUUGGCCGCGAUCUUCGGAAUCGCUCUCAGCAUUCUGCAGGGCUACGGCGUCGCAGGACCACACGGCAUCUUCGCCACCACGCCCAGAGCUGAGGUUCUGCCCUGGUUCGCCUACCAGACGGUGCACAGAUGUCUCGAGUUUGCAAUGGGGUGUCUGAUGGCCUGCAUCAGCAGAAAGUCCUUGUACGGAAACAGCUGCUACUCACACGGAGCUGGCGGGAAGCACUAUCCAACCCUAUUUUCCUGAAGCAGAGGCCGCCCGCCGAACAGAAGGACGCAAGCAGAGGCCACAUACUAGGAGAUGCAUUUAGGAUAUGUAUCGACUCUUGCCAACACUACAGUACCUUGUGAUACAUCUUACACUAGAGCUUGUCACUUGCCAAGGAGUUUGAGAGAGGACUGUACCCCCCAUUCGUCACAUGUACCUCGUGUACCUCGGAAAGUCUCGAAAAACGAUUUUGAUGUAGAAACACUAUCCGUCAGUGCCCCUUAUACGAAGUAUCCAUCUAAUGUCCCACAAUGUAGUACCCCCACCCUAAAGUACCCACAUGAAGCUCACCCUCCAGAAACAAUCAGCUGCUUCAUCUUAGCUCCAGUCUUUUUCUUUUUUUGCUGCCGUAUUCAAUACGUCUAGAAUCUUCUCCUUAGUUAGGCUUUCCUGUCGCUUGUACGUAUUGCAGGGAAUACUUUGUAACUGGGGUACCCUGGAGUACAUUAUCAUAUUUACUCGCAUAACUGAGGCACCCUAAUGUUGGUACUUUCGCUGGUAUUCAGCACAGAUGGUUUCAGCAAUGCAGACUCGAAUGGUUCGGGAUAUAACGGUUGUCGAGUGCGCCAUCAGAGUUCCCCCCUGAGUUUUAUUGCAAAAAAAAAAAUGUUUAAGAAAGUACAGUAUUUACCCGCAUAAUUUGCGCACCCCUAGUUUAGCACUAAAAAUGACAAGGUAAGAAAAAAAAUUGUGUAAUUACCGCUCCCGCGUUUUUGCGCACGGAAAAUCUGUCACGCGCAUCUCAGCGACCGUGGAGAUUGCUUUUCCGCAACGCUGUCAGUGCUACCGAAAUUACUGCGGUGCUUCCGUCUGAUUUGCGCACACUUUCGGGUGGCGGUCCACUAACGCGACGGACGAUACUGUCACUCCAACUACAAAACGCGGAAAGAAACGCUGGACAAACACUCCAUGACGAACCUUACAGCACAGCACGACAAAGGUGACUAACAUAUAGCGUGCUUUCGGUCGUCAAGUACGACGAGCGGAGCCUUCCAGCAGCGUCUUGACGUGUUUCACAGGUACACGAUCGGCAGUGGGCCGGCAGUUUGCCUCUCGACCGUCGGCGGUUGCCCGGUACUUGGGUACUUCCUUCGCGCUUGCGCAAUGGAGUGAUAACGUCAAUAUCGGCUCUACCAUGGGCUUAGACUGGCACACUAACUUUGUUUUAGAAAAAGUGCGCAAAUUAUGCGAGUCAAUACGGUAGCCUUGAGUGUAGGGAGCCGAUAUUUUCCACUCGCAUGUUUUUUUUUUUGCAUAAUAAUCGCUCCCCCUCUACGGCAGUAUGUUUCUAUGGGGCAAGUGCAGCAAUUAUGCGAGUAAAUAAAUUAAUUACGUACCGCCCCCCCCUUACUAUUGUAGCAGAUCAGGCUCAAAGGCAACUAGUGCUUAAUAGGCACUGAUUGCGGCAACUUUGCCAUCAUUCCAUCCAAUCAGCAGGUAUAGAAUAUGCUUUUUAGAGAGCUAACUUUCUAUUGCAUCUCGGCUGUCACCAGCAAAAGUCCAGGUUUUGUAUCUUUGUUUCUAUUCUGCCACGAGCGUGCAAAGCCCGGAAACGUGGACAACAAAAAAAAUAUUCCACAUUCCAAAUCAAAGAACUGUGAUAUGAUAAAAGCAUUCUAAUCUCACAUGACCCCUAAUUUGCCAUGAUGCACUUUCAUCACUCACUAAAUCUCUCCACAACCUACUAUACUAUAUAUCACGUUUAUAAAAAAAAAUAUUUUUGGGACUGUGCAAGCGGUAAAAAUAGAGAGAAACUGGCAGAUACACAGAAACAAAAAUGGCCAUCGAAUAAGUAAUUGAAUCAAGCAUGAUUCUGACGUAGAUCAGCUGGAUAACUUCUGCAUGGCAUAUUGAAUUAGGAAGGCUACAUACAUAAUGAUGUACAGACAUAAAUCACAGGGCUAAACCUAUGCUUGCAUAAAGGUUCAGGGACAUACAUGGUCGGAAUAAAAAAAAUCAAUCGAUCUUAGGCUUCACUUGUUCAGAUAUGUCCUAGAAAAAUUCGCAUAAAUAAAAUGGCAAAAAUAAAUUAAAUAACAAAAAUAAAAUGAAGAUUAAAAAUAAAAUACAAAUAAAACAAAGUGACAUGAAAUGGCAAAACAUUUCAACGCAGGAUCUCAUUUCUGGCACCAGCCACACGCAUGGAACACUAAAUUCUCGGAUCAAACAUGCAGAAGCAAUUUGUAUUCAUUUUGGUUAUGAUUUUCUUGCACAGCCUCACAUAUUUUUCCUUCUGUUUCUUAAAAAAAAAAAACAUUCCAUCCUCUUGCACAAAAGAUACCUGAUCCCCCCCACCCUCUCCACCCACAUAACCUCUACACGUGUGUUUCCCCCUCUUACGUAAUGCAUGUACAAACCGUCACGUGGCAACAUACACACGACCCGUACGUGUGGGAAAAAAUUUUUUUGAAGUGCCAAAAAAAAAAAAAAGGUUUAUCGAGUGUUGUCAAAACGUUGGAGAAUUGUCCAUGGAUAGCAGUAAAAGAGUUAUCCAAUGUU